AUCGAAGUGACCAAACAGAAGCCCCCAAACGAGGAAAAGUUGUCUUCUUCCCAUUGGCACAUUCCGUGCUCAAACUCUUCCAUUCCACUUUUCCCCCCUCUCUGACUUGACUCCCUCUGUUAACUGUAAUCAAUCAAUCAAACCAUCGCCUCCUAAGCUCUCCUCCUCUCCACCAAGGAACUUUUCCUGUUUCUCUCACGCUCCACCGCACGGUUGCCAUACGCCGGUUUGACAGGAAGCGAGCCUCCAUGUUGUAACUGAGGUUUCUUCGUUGCCAUAUGCCGUUAACGAGGCGUUUGACAGCCUAGGUUUUGUUUUCUGGCUAGGGGUCAUGGCCAUGGCGGGGUUGGGUGAAGCCACUGAGGUGUACGCGCCGAGGAGUGUGGAGGUUUGGAGGACGCUGUUGAACUGGUUCGGCUUCUUCUUUCAGAUCUUCGUCCAGAUCCUCAGAGGCGCGCCGUCGGUGGCCCAAGUCCUCUCCCGUGUCGGUCUCCGCCACCACUCUUUCCUCUCUUCCUUCAAGGCUUUGCCCGUCGCUGAAUCGCCGGAGCCGCCCCCCGCCUUGCAUAUCGCCGCCGAAGGAAUCGCCGUUUCUGACGGCGAUCACCACCCGAUCGACAGGCUUACGGUGGUUCUUGACUUGGAUGAGACUCUAGUAUGUGCUUAUGAAACAUCUAGUUUACCUGCUGUUGUUCGUAACCAAGCUAUAACAGCUGGAUUGAAGUGGUUUGAGCUGGAAUGUGUAUCUUCAGACAAGGUAUUUGAAGGCAAACCCAAGAUCAAUUAUGUUACGGUGUUUGAACGUCCUGGGUUAGAAGAAUUUUUAAAACAACUAAGUGAAUUUGCAGAUCUUGUUUUGUUUACUGCAGGUCUUGAAGGUUAUGCCAGUCCACUUGUUGAUAGAAUAGAUGCUCGAAAUCGAUUUUGUCAUAGGCUUUAUCGGCCUUCAACUAUUAGCACGGAGUAUCGUGAACACGUGAAAGAUUUGUCUUGCCUAACAAAGGAUCUUUGCCGAACAAUUAUUGUUGAUAAUAACCCAUUCAGUUUCUUGUUGCAACCGAUGAAUGGAAUUCCAUGCAUCCCAUUUUCUGCAGCACAACCACACGACGAGCAGCUCCUCGAGGUCCUCCUGCCGCUCAUCAGACAUCUCUCCGAGCAGGAGGAUGUUAGACCUGUUUUGUAUGAGAAGUUCCACAUGCCCGAAUGGUUUCAACAACAUGGAAUCCCAUGCUCUACUAAUUUUACAGAUAAAGCACGAUGAUAUGGAGGAAAUUAUUAUUAUUCUUCUUUUUUCGGCGGCGUCUAAACAGGCAGCAUUUUCUGUCGGAGGGGCAUCAGCACCAGGCACAAAAGUAAGUUUCUGUACAUCACCCUAGUAAUGGGAUACAGUGGGAAUUCUUAGUCUUGUGUGGCCUCUGUUUUUUAUAUGCUAAGCCUAGCGCCAUUUGUCGUUUUGUGUAUGUUUUAAGUCGAUGAUGUAAACCUCUAGUUGCAAAUAAUUUUUGCCCUUUUCCUUCA